ACAUGGACCCAGUGAACUUGCUUCACAUAAACACUAACCAACUUGUGAACCCUGAAACUGUGAGGCAGCAACAGAACCCACUUUGUCACUGCUGCCUUUCCUGUGAUCAAGAAUAAUAUAAAGAAUCAGGGUUUCACUGUUUGGUUAAAAUGUCUGUAUAUGUUAAUGAUAACUAUAUAAAGUUAUAAUUGUAUAACACUGAUGUGAUUACAUACAUUAUACAUUCAUUUUAUUAUUAAUUAGAUUGUGUAUUGUCGUUCAUGCCAGUCCCCAUAAUAUAAGCUGUUAAUAUAAAAACAAUAAUUUCAAUUCGAGACCUUUAUAACGCUGGGAUAUAAUGCAAUGCAAAACAAAGAUUGUACAAAACAAUUAAUUUCUACAGCAAACACACACGCAGUCCACACUUACAUCCAGUUCAUAUCUUGUGUGUGUUUUUACGAACGUUGUCCCGGCCUAAUACUGAUCACGUGAUGACAGCUGGCUUGUCACGUGACUCGGAUUGUUGACGACUGGUUUCGAUGCUCGCAGCCGGACGCAAUGUCAUUCCUCCAGAGCCGAUAUUUACUAACAUAACUGUCAGAUGGGGGACCUUUUCCAAACAGCAGAGACGCAGGAGCACCGUUCCGGGUGAAAAGAAAAGCGAUAUUGUGUGCCUCUUCAUCUUGCAAAGAGGGAUUCUUUUUUACCACCCAGGCCGAGAGGAAAGCUCAUGAAGUUCAUCCUGCGGGCCCUGUGUGUAUGAAGUUUGUAAAGCAGUGGAUGUGAGGUAAACAUGGCUGUGUGGCGACAGUUUGGACUACUUCUCUGGAAGAACUACCUACAGCAAAAACGUCAGAUCUUGGUGACGUUGUUGGAGAUUACACUGCCCCUAAUGUUUUCUGCGAUCCUGAUUGUACUGCGUCAGAAAGUGUCCUUUACCAACUACCCCAAUGCAACGCAUUAUGAUGGCUUUUUACUGGAGUGGCCUCCACAUAAGCUGCCCUCAAACCUGCAACUUGCCUACGUGCCUGCAAAUUCCAGCAUAGUACGCCAGAUUGCUGAGGAUGUGCAGCUCAGCCUGGAACAGGGCUUCAUCAGUGCUGUGCGUGGGUUUGAGACAGAGCAUCAGUUUGAGGAGUUUGUGAAGACAGACCCUGAAUCAGCAAAGAUCCUGGCCGCAGUGGUUUUUGAGCACUCCUUUUCUCAUGAUGAUGAGCCUCUCCCACUUCAGGUCAAUUAUCACUUGCGCUUCACCUAUAGCCCCCGAAAUGCUCCUACCAAGGAAAAAUCAGAGCUGAAUCCGAACAAUGACCUUGACUGGCACACUCUUAGCCUGUUCCCCCUCUUUCAGCUGCCUGGCCCUCGGGAGCAGCAUGAUCUCUAUGGAGGCACACCAGGUUAUUACCGUGAGGGCUUCCUAAUGGUCCAGCAUGCUGUGGACCGAGCCAUCAUGAAGGCUUACAACAGGACUGCCGCGACUGCCCUCUUCAUGCAGACACGGGUUGUGCUGACACGCUUCCCUUACCCAUCUUUCAUCUAUGAUGUCUUCAUCCUGGCCAUCCAGAACCAGCUGCCUCUCUUGCUGGUGCUCAGCUUCACCUAUACGUCCCUCAACAUUGUACGAGCCAUUGUGCAAGAGAAGGAAAGAAAACUCAAGGAAUACAUGAGAAUGAUGGGCUUGAGCAACUGGUUGCACUGGAGUGCCUGGUUCCUCAUGUUCUUCCUUUUCCUUGCCAUCUCCAUCUUCUUUGUCACCAUGCUCUGCUGUGUCAGGGUAAGUCCAAAUGGAGCAGUACUGACCUAUAGUGACCCUACACUUGUUUUCGUCUUCCUCCUUGUGUUUGCUGUGGCUACAAUCAGCUUCUGUUUCAUGAUAAGCUCCUUCUUCUCCAGAGCUAAUGUUGCAGCAGCAGCAAGUGGUUUCCUCUACUUCUUUAGCUACCUGCCUUACCUCUUCCUGUGGCCACGUUAUGACUUGCUAUCCCACGCACAGAAAGUAUCUGCCUGUCUUAUCUCCAAUGUGGCCAUGGCUAUGGGUGCCCAACUUAUUGGCAUGUUUGAAGGCAAAGGCACGGGGAUCCAGUGGCGUAAUCUGUUUGAGCCUGUGACUGUGGAUGAUGACUUCUCAUUAGCUCAGGUUCUUGGACUCCUGCUGCUGGAUGCCAUACUCUACAGCUUGGUGGCUUGGUACAUGGAGGCUGUGUUUCCCGGCGAGUAUGGAGUGCCACGACCAUGGUACUUUUUCAUUCUGCCCUCAUACUGGUGCAACAGCCCUCGAGUCACCCUGUUGAAGGAGAAGGAGGAAGAAGAAGAUGCAGAGAAAGCACUGAAGGGAGAGUUCAUGGAAGAAGAGCCGACUGGAUUAGUCUCGGGCGUCAAAAUUAAGCACCUGGCCAAGGUUUUUAAAAUGGGAAAUAAGACCAAAGAAGCAGUCAAGGAUCUCACGUUGAACAUGUUUGAAGGCCAGAUCACGGUUCUGCUAGGACACAAUGGAGCUGGAAAGACCACUACACUGUCUAUGCUGACUGGCUUGUUCCCUCCCAGCAGUGGCCGAGCUUACAUCAAUGGUUAUGAUAUAUGUCAGGAUAUGGUGCUGAUCCGCCGCAGUCUAGGCCUCUGUCCACAACACGAUGUGCUUUUUGACAACCUCACUGUCCGAGAGCAUCUGCUUUUCUAUGCCCAGCUAAAGGGCUACCCUCGUGAGAAGAUCCCAGAUGAGGUUGACCGCAUCAUCCGUAUCCUAAAUCUGGAAGAUAAGAGAAAUGCACGGUCAAAGACCCUUUCAGGCGGAAUGAAGCGCAAGCUUUCUAUCGGAAUUGCACUUAUUGGAGACUCAAAGGUAGUGAUGCUGGAUGAGCCUACCUCUGGCAUGGACCCGUCAGCCAGACGAGCCACGUGGGAUCUUUUGCAGGGCGAGAAAAAAGGUCGAACUAUCCUCCUUACCACGCACUUCAUGGACGAAGCUGACCUACUGGGAGACCGCAUUGCUAUCAUGGCUAGUGGGGAACUCCAGUGCUGUGGCUCACCUCUCUUCCUCAAGAACAAAUAUGGUGCUGGCUACCACAUGGUCAUAGUGAAAGAUGCAUUGUGUAAUGUAUCAGAAAUCAGCCGUCUGGUCCAUAUGUACGUCCCCAAUGCCACCCUGGAGAGCAGCGCAGGUGCUGAACUUUCCUACAUCCUGCCAAAAGAGAGCACCAGCCGGUUUGAGCUUCUGUUUGCUGAGCUGGAAAUGAACAGAGAGGAGUUGGGCAUUGCAAGCUAUGGAGCAUCUGUUACCACUAUGGAGGAAGUUUUUCUUAGGGUCGGCAAACUGGUGGACUCCAGUCUAGAUAUUCAGGCCAUUCAGCUUCCAGCCCUGCAGUAUCAGCAUGAACGCAGGUCACAUGACUGGACAGUUGACGAUACUAGCAGUAUCAGUGGCAUGACCGAUGUGACGGACUUCACAGAUAGUGGCACACUGAUCUCAGAGGACUGCUCCAACAUAAAACUCAAUACAGGGGCCAAGCUGUACUUGCAGCAGUUCUAUGCCAUGUUCCUAAAGAGGGCACUGUAUAGCUGGCGGAACUGGAAAGUGAUGGUGGCACAGUUUUUAGUGCCACUUAUUUUCACAGCAGUUGCCCUUGUGGUGGCUCAAACUCUCCCUGGGCAUCACAAAUCCCCAGGACUCCCCCUAGCACUCAACCGGUAUGGCCCUACCACUGUGCCAAUGGCUCUGGAUUCCAAUGCCGGACCCCUGGCUAGAGCACUUGCUGUAGCCUAUACUGCCCAGCUUGGUGCCCAGAGGGCUACACCAGUGACCAAUCUAACUGAUUUCUCAGAGUACGUCCUAAACAAUGCCAUGAGGGAGGGAGGAGCCUUCAAUGAGCGCUGUGUGGUGGGUGCUGCUUUUCGUGGACAAACUAGUAGGUUUGCUGAAAUCACUGGGUACUUCAACAACCAAGGCUACCAUACCCCGGCUACAGCACUCAUGCUGGUGGACAAUGCACUGUACAGACUCUUGGCUGGCCCCAACGCUUCCAUUCACACAGGAAACAAACCCAUGCCCCGCAAUAUGUCUGAAACAGCCCAGAGCCAGCUCUCAGAGGGGCAGACUGGUUUUGCCAUAGCCAUUAACCUGAUGUAUGGAAUGGCAUCCUUAGCCAGUACCUUUGCUCUGCUCCUGGUGAUUGAACGCUCAGUGAAGUCCAAGCACGUACAGCGGGUCAGCGGUGUCCACCUCUCCAACUUCUGGUUCUCUGCAUUGCUCUGGGACCUGAUCAACUUUGCGCUGCCUUGUCUUCUCAUGCUGGUGAUGUUCCGUGCAUUUGGGGUGAAGGCCUUUGUUGAGGAAAAUCAUUUGGUAGAUGUGCUGCUUUUGUUGCUGCUUUAUGGCUGGGCUGUGAUUCCACUCAUGUACCUGCUCAGCUUCCUAUUCUCUAGCGCUGCCACUGCAUACACACGUCUCACCAUCUUCAACAUUGUCAGCGGCACAGCCUCCUUCCUUGCCGUUACCAUCAUGACCAUCCCCGAGUUGCAGCUGCAGAAUCUUUCACAUUUACUGGAUAAAGUAUUUAUGCUAUUCCCCAACUAUUGCCUGGGCAUGUCUUUCAGCCACUUCUACCAAAACUACGAGAUCAUCAGCUUCUGCACCACAAGCUCUUUCACUAAAGAAAUUUGCAAGAUUUGCAACAUCACCUAUCAGCUGAACUACUUUUCUAUGAAUGAACCUGGGGUGGGCAGCUACUUGGUAGCCAUGUCCCUCCAAGGUGUGGUUUUCCUUGUCCUUCUUUUCAUCAUUGAGCUCCAGUGCAUAAACAUGUUCUUCAGCCUCUGCAGAAGCUGCAAGAAGGGAAUGCUGGUUGCAGAAGAAGCAUUUCAACCUGAGGACAGAGAUGUAGCUGAUGAGAGAAAGAGGGUUUUAGAAUGCCAGCCUGUGGUGGAGUCCAUGGUUGGCAGUCCUCUCAUUCUUCAGGAACUUACUAAGGUAUAUCCAGGAAGUCAGUCCCUGCUGGCAGUGGAUCGUUUGUCCCUGGCUGUAGGGA